AUGCCUCUUGCAGGAACCCCAGCUCCCAAAAGGAAGAGAAAACCUACUAAACUCAUUUUAGAAUUAACCCAAGAAGUCAUGCCGCAAGAAGGGUCCAAGCUGAACCUCGGGAAGAAGAUCAGCAUUCCCAGGGAUGUGAUGUUAGAAGAACUCUCUCUCCUUACCAACAGGGGAUCCAAGAUGUUUAAACUUCGACAGCUGAGAGUAGAGAAAUUCAUAUAUGAAAACAACCCUGAUGCCUUCUCCAACAAUUCUGUGGAUCACUUCCAGAGGUUUAUCCCAUCUGAUUGCUAUAGUGGUGGGAGAAUGAUGAGUGGUGUAACUGUAGGACCAUACGGAUCCAGCAAGCUGCACUAUCCUCCCACUCCUCCUGCAAAGCCUGGGAGCAAAGGUGGUGCUGGAGGAACUGGGACUGGCCACAGCGAGGGAUCUGCCGGCAAAGGGGGAGGAGUGGACGGAGGUGGAAAUGGAAAUGAGGCUGGGGGUGGAAAAGGUGAAAAUAAAAGUGGGAGUGGGAAAGGAAAGGUUUCCCUUCCUAAGACCUACAUUUCUCCAUGGGAAAGAGCCCUAGGCAUCACCCCACAAGAGAAAAGUGAAUUCAGCAUUGAUCCCUUGUCUAAUGGCACCAAAGCUGACCUCUGCCUUUAUAAAUCUUUCAAUAGAACUGCAAUGCCGUAUGGGGGAUAUGAGAAGGCAAUCAAAUUGAUGACCUUCCAAAUGCCUGAAUUUGAAGUUGGCCCUUUGCUACCUGAGCCUCUAAUUGUGUAUAAUCAAGAAGUCUCCAAUCGACCCUCCUUUAACAGGACCCCAGUACCCUGGCUGGGGUCGGGAGAACCAACUGAAUACAACAUCGAGGUGAAUGUACCACCAGCAGGUGAAACUGAAGAAUUAUAG